GGUUCUCUGGCAGGUUUGUUUACUGGCUGGGAAAAAGAGAUCCAACGCAGCCUGGGAGACAAUCUACCUCUGUCUGUGCAAGAAGAAAAGGAUUUUUUCCCCCAUUAAUGUGUAUACUAAAUAAUAAUAGCACAUCCGGGACUUUUGUUGUCAUUAGAAUAAGAAAGCAACAACAGCACAUUUAAACGGAGAGAAAGUGCAAAACCAAGAAAAUAAAGCAACGUGGUGGUGCUGGAAAAUCUCUGGGAAGGAAAUCGCAGUACUGUUGUGAUCGAGAGGACGAGUUGGAGUUCAGUUUGUAUUUUGAAUUUCGUAUCGGAGCUGCAAAAACUACAAGAAAAGAAGCACUUUGCCAUAUUUUUUGUUGUUGUUUUUUUUUUGCACACUUGAGGAUGAUUUGAUAUCCACGCCAGCAACAUGGACUCUUAUGUGAAUGUUUGCCUGAAUUAGAACUAAUUCAAUUUUGUGAAAAAAUGAACUUUGAGUGGGUCACAUGCGGUGUUUUUUGAUCAGGCGCGAGUGUCCGCGGCGCGAGCUUGUGUACGUGUGGAGGAGUAGGGGGGCGGGGGGACCGGGCUAGCUAGUUUUGACAGCUAGCGACGAGUUAGCCAAAAUAACAUUUAACCUAGCGCUCCGUGGAAAAGUAUCUUUCCAGUGUGGACUUAUAAAAACCUUUCGGGUUAACAUUACGGUGUAAGUGUGAGAGUGCGACCCGUUUCAAGACGCCCGUAAAUCCGCUUGAGAACCGCCGUCGUUCCGCUGCAGUCUAGCUAGCUAGCUAGUUAGCUUUAGCAUUAGCCAAAGCUCGCGUUCGAGUGAACACGUUGGACUCGUUCCUCCGCCCAUCUUCCGGGAUGUCGGUUGUUAUAUUUUGUUUACUUGCUGGCUCUCGCCGCAAAACCAAAACAAUUUCCUGAAGACUACCGCCACCGUACUCCUCCUCCUCCUCCUCCUCCUCCUCCUACCCUUCCAGUGUGUCAACUGUCACCCUCGCCAAGAAGGAUUUACUCGGGAGUUGGACCCGGAGCGGCGGCGGAUGGUGAUUCAGCCCGAGUCAGUGAUGUGGCUCCGGACUUUGGCUUUUGUUUUGGCCGCAGCCUGCUGCUUCUUGACCAGCUGUCAGCAAGCCACCGGGGAGAUUUGUCCGAGCAAAGACAUCCGCAACAAUGUGACCAACCUCAACUCGCUGACAAACUGCACGGUGAUCGAAGGCCACCUGAAGAUCAUCCUCAUGUUUGGGACCAAGCCCGAAGACUUCCGAGGCCUCACCUUCCCCAAGCUGACGGUGGUGACCGACUACCUGCUCCUCUUCCGAGUGUACGGCCUGGAGAGCCUCAGCGACCUCUUUCCCAACCUGACGGUCAUCCGAGGCAACAACCUCUUCUUCAACUACGCCUUGGUGGUGUUCGAGAUGCUGCAGCUGCGAGAGAUCGGCCUCCAUAGCUUGAUGAACAUCACCCGGGGAGCCGUGCGGAUCGAGAAGAACCCGGACCUCUGCUACCUGUCCACGCUGGACUGGUCCAAGAUCCUGGACUCGGUGGAGGACAACUACAUCGUGGCCAACAAGAACGAUAGGGAGUGCGGAGAUGUUUGCCCAGGGGCGUCCGUCGGGAAGACCACCUGCCAGACCACCACCAUCAACGGGCACUUCAGUGAACGAUGCUGGACGCAGAAGCACUGUCAGAGAAUGUGUCCCGUUCAGUGCAAACACCGGGCCUGCACCAAGGACCAGCAGUGCUGUCACGACGAGUGCCUCGGCGGCUGCCUGAAGCCCCGGUCGGCCGCUCACUGCGUAGCCUGCCGGGGCCUCCAGCACGGGGACACCUGCGUGGAGCGCUGCCCCGACAACCACUAUACCUUCAAGGGCUGGCGCUGCGUCUCCUUCGCCUUCUGCCAGGAGCUCCACAGCAGGUGCAAGUGGGAGAAGGAGCACAGCAAGAGCCCCGAGUGCUACGAGUACGUCAUCCACGACGGCGCCUGCGUCCCCGAGUGUCCCUCCGGCUACACCACUGUCAACUCAUCCUCACUGAACUGUACACCGUGUGCCGGCCUCUGUCCAAAGGUGUGCAUGGGCCUAAAGACUGUGGACUCGGUCACGGCGGCUCAGGCCCUGAGAGGCUGCACCAUCCUCAACGGCAGUCUGGUCAUCAACCUGCGCGGAGGAAACAACAUAGCAGCGGAGCUGGAGGCCAGUCUGGGCCAACUGGAGGAGAUCACCGGCUACAUGACGGUGCGGCGGUCCUAUGCCCUCGUAUCACUGUCCUUCUUCCGCAAGCUCCGCAUCAUCCGCGGGGAGGAGACGGAAAUCGGCAAUUACUCCUUCUACGCCCUGGACAACCAGAACCUGCGGCAGCUGUGGGACUGGUCCAAGCACAAGCUGAGCAUUCUGCAGGGCCGCAUGUUCUUCCACUACAACUCCAAGCUCUGCAUGUCCGAGAUACGCAAGAUGGAGGAGGUGACCGGCACCAAGGACCACAAGAACGACAUUGCGUCCAAAACCAACGGGGACCAGGCCUCGUGUGAGAACCACGUGCUGAAGUUCACUCAGAUCCGCACCAUGAGCGAUAAGAUCAUGAUCAAGUGGGAGGCCUUCUGGCCCCCGGACUUUCGAGACCUGCUGGGCUUCAUGGUGCUGUACAAAGAGGCACCCUUUCAUAACGUGACGGAGUUUGACGGGCAGGACGCCUGCGGAUCCAACAGCUGGGUCAUCGCAGAUGUGGACCCUCCGCCGCGCUCCACCGAGGGCGACAGGGAUCAUUUUGAGCCGGGUCACCUCAUCCUGCCCCUGAAGCCCUGGACACAGUACGCCAUCAUGGUGAAGACGCAGCUUUCCGCCUCCGAUGAACACCAGGUCAACGGUGCCAAGAGCGACAUCAUCUACGUGCGCACCAACGCCACCAAACCUUCGGUGCCGCUGGACCCCAUUUCCUCAUCCAACUCCUCAUCCCAGAUCAUCCUGAAAUGGAAGCCCCCCAACGACCCCAACGGCAACAUCACUCACUACCUGGUUUUCUGUCAACGCCAGGCGGAGGCCAGCGAGCUCUACAAGUUUGACUACUGUCAGAAAGGCAUGAAGCUGCCAUCGCGAGUGCCCACUCAGGUGGACAACGACGAGGAGCAAAAGUGGAACCAAACAGAGGAGCAGGGCCCAGGGACUCGGUGCUGCGCCUGCCCCAAGACGGACAAAGAGCUGAAGAAGGAGAAGGAGGAGUUGGAGUACCGCAAGACGUUUGAGAACUACCUCCACAACGAAGUCUUUGAGAUGAAGCGCUCCAGACAGCGGCGUGCCGUGAUGGGCAUCGCCAACCAGACGCACCCGUUACCCACCACGGCUUCAGGCAGGCCGGCGGGCACGCACACCCCCGACGAUGAGGAGACGUUCGAGAGCACCAAGACGGUGGUCACCGUGCACGCCAAGGAGUCCACCGUCAUCUCCAAUCUGCGUCACUUCACCAGCUACCAGAUCGAAAUCCACGCCUGCAACCACCCCAGCGACCCGGCCCGCUGCAGCAUGGCGGCCUACGUCAGCGCCCGCACCAUGCCCGAAGACAAAGCAGACGACAUCCUGGGCGCCAUCACUUACGAGGUGUCCGACAUGACCGUACACAUGGCGUGGCAGGAGCCCGCCACCCCCAACGGAAUGAUCAUCCUGUACGAGGUCCACUACAAGCGCAUCGGAGACAGCGAGGAACAGCACCACUGCGUUUCCAGGAACAUGUACAAAGCCACACGCGGCUGCAAGCUGAGAGUCAUGCAUUCGGGGAACUACACGGUGAGGAUCCGUGCCACCUCACUGGCCGGGAACGGAUCCUGGACCGAGCCCACUUACUUCUACGUGCAGGAUGCCAGAGAUCCCCUCAACAUCGCUAAGAUUGUGAUCGGGCCGGUCAUCUGCCUGGUUCUGUUGCUGUGUGUAGCCAUGGCGGGAUUCGUGAUGUUCAAGAAGAAUCAAACACAAGGGCCGAGCGGUCCCAUCUACGCCUCCUCCAACCCAGAGUACCUGAGCGCCAAUGACAUGUACGAGGAGGACGAGUGGGAGGUGGCGCGGGAGAAGAUCAACAUCAAGCGGGAGCUGGGUCAAGGCUCCUUCGGCAUGGUGUACGAGGGCAUCGCCAGGGACAUCAUCAAGGGCGAGGGCGACACCCGCGUGGCCGUGAAGACGGUCAACGAGUCGGCGAGCCUGAGAGAGAGGAUCGAGUUCCUCAAUGAAGCCUCGGUCAUGAAAGCCUUCAGUUGUCACCACGUGGUGCGUCUGCUGGGCGUGGUGUCCAAGGGCCAGCCCACCCUGGUCGUGAUGGAGCUGAUGACCCACGGAGACCUGAAGAGCUUCCUGCGCUCGCUCCGGCCCGAUGCUGAGAACAACCCGGGUCGUCCGCCUCCCACGCUGAAGGAGAUGAUACAAAUGGCGGCUGAGAUCGCCGACGGCAUGGCCUACCUCAAUGCCAAGAAGUUUGUGCACAGAGACCUCGCUGCCAGAAACUGCAUGGUGGCUCAAGAUCUCACCGUCAAAAUAGGAGACUUCGGCAUGACCAGAGACAUCUACGAGACGGACUACUACAGGAAAGGCGGCAAAGGCCUUCUGCCCGUCAGGUGGAUGGCGCCAGAGUCUCUCAAAGAUGGCGUCUUCACCGCGCAUUCAGACUGCUGGUCGUUUGGGGUGGUGCUGUGGGAAAUCAGCACACUGGCCGAGCAGCCCUACCAGGGCCUGUCCAACGAGCAGGUGCUGAAGUUCGUGAUGGAUGGGGGCUACCUGGACCGCCCCGACAACUGCGCAGACCGACUACACAACCUGAUGCAGAUGUGCUGGCAGUACAACCCCAAGAUGCGUCCCACCUUCCAGGAAAUCAUCGAAAUGCUCCGCGACGACCUGCACCCGUCCUUCCGGGAGCGCUCCUUCUUCUACAGCGACGAGAACAAACCCCCCGAGAGCGAGGACUUCGACCUGGACAUGGAGAACAUGGAGAGCAUCCCUCUGGACCCGUCGUCCUACUCCCAGCGGGAGCAGUGUCUGGACAGGGACGAGGGCUCCUCGGUGGGGCUGCGCGGGGGCAGCUACGAGGAGCACCACAUCCCUUUCGCGCACAUGAACGGGGGCAAGAGCAACGGACGGAUACUGGCGCUGCCGCGCUCCAGCCCCUCCUAACCGACCUCCCCUAAAAAAAACGCUUACAUAUGUAUACUUGUCUUUUUUUAUACUUAUCUAUAUCUAAUACACCAACACUUGUAUCACUCUCCCUCCAUGCGUAUCUCAGGAUCUCUCCUCAUGCCACAAACACACACACACACUACAGUGCGUACCCCUGCCCUCCCCCCCGGGGGAGGGGGGGGCGCCUUUUGUACACAGAAGCUCCUGUCGGAAUUAUCCAUGACGUACUGUACAUAUUAUAUAUAUAUAAAAUAUAUAUAAAAAUAUAUCUAAAUCUCCUAUAAUGUGGAGAAAAGAUUCAACUGUGAAACAUACAAGAAGGCUGCUAAACUCCUAGACUCCCCCCUCCCUUGGCAAAGAGAGAAAGACAAAAAGUGUCCUUCCAUGUCGUCCAUCACCCUCUAAAAAAAUACAGACGAGGAUACGGAAAAACCUCCAUUUUUUUUUUUUUUGUCCGUCUUGAACAAAAAGAACGUUGUUGAAGUGGCUUACUGACCUCCUCACACUCAGCAGUAUUCCAACACGGGACAAAACAGGACUUUUUUUUUUUUUAUUUAUUUCUGCAUCUGCUUUCCCAUCCGCUUUCUCAUUUUACGGGACUUUUUUGACAUUUUACAGUACAGCUGAAGGAUAUUUAAAGUGUUCCUCAGAUCGACCAAUAAGCUGCUUCCUUCAUUGUGUUGGCUUGUAGAAGAUAGAGGAGAGAGAGUACUGGCGUGGUAAACGCAGUAACAUGUGUAGUAAUAUACAGUAGAAGACAUAUUUGUGUACAUAGUUGAUCUUGUCGUUCUGGAGAUAUUUCCGCACAUUUACAAAAAAAAAAAAAAGGUUUUUACAUGUUUUUUUUUAAUCCAGAUUUCUGAACUCGUGAUCAACAAACAGCACUUCUUGGUCUUGUUUUUUUUUUUUUUUUUUUUUUGCUUCUUUGCGAUGCCGGGGAAAAGAGUGUGUUGCAUCGUUCUAAUAAGAUCAAAUAAAAUGUAAAUAAUGCAGCAAGGUGCAUCCGAG